GGCGCCAUCUACAGCUCCCCCUGCAUUCCCAGGGAGCCUACAUGGCUCCUCACCGGCCGCGCAUUCUCCCACGGAGCUUCCUGUGCCAAGUGACUGGAUGACCAGUUUAUGAAAGGAAGGAAUGGGGCCUGAAGAGGACCAAGGCCUGGCCCAAGUGAGGAGCCUGGAGCCAGAGGAAAUGGCCCCUGAGAGCUGCAGACCCCCACUCCAGGAGCUGGUGAGUUUCAAGGAUGUGGCUGUGGACUUCACCCCAGAAGAGUGGGAUCUGUUGGACCCAGAUCAGAAAGAGCUGCACAAAUUGGUCAUGCUGGAGAAUGCCGAGAACUUGCUCUCCUUGGGUAAGGAGCUCUUCCCUUGGAACUCUGGAACUGCCAUCAACAGGAAUGUCACCAUCCCCUCCCUAGGGGGCAGAGUUUCAGACUUUUACCACUUCCUAGAAAGGCCUAAGGUUUGCCUCCUAUCCUCAAGAGACGGUCCUCCUGCUGCCUGGUUCUUCUGUGAAUGGUCUUUGCAUUGUAGGAACCCAGCAAUUUUGCCUGUAAACCUUAUAAAAACUAAUUGUGCCCCCUUUUACUGAAUAUGGGAUAGGAAAAGGAACCCUUUCCUCUUGGGGGGAACCAUUUUGUUGUUACAAUGUUAUUUUGAGUAAAAUGGAUACAUUUUUACCUCACUGCCCCUGGUGUAACCCAUAAAUCCCCAGCACAGGAAGUGGGUCUUUGUUCUUCCUUCAUACAUCCCCCAAAGGCCUGUAUAGAUACCAGGAGAGAAAGGGAAAGGAGGUAUUCUUUCUAUACAUUUUCUGGGAUUCAGGCCAUGUGCUCAGAGCUUCAUUCAUGUGCAUUAUAGCAGUUGAUGUUUCUCCCCUCCCCGCCAAAAAAAAAAAGAACCACAUUGUUUUGGGCUCCAUCUUUAUCCCCAUUUCACAGGUUUGGAGGCUGAAGCAAACAGGUGAAAUUACUUGCCAGAGUCACGUAGCCAGGAUAUGUCUAAACCCAAAUUUGCAUUUGGGGCUUCCUGACUGCAGGCCCGGUUCUCCCUUCUCUGUGCUUCCAGCUGCUUUUAAUAUCCAGAAAAUGGAGGCUCCGGGAUGUGGCCAUCCCACUGUGAAGGAGGCAGCAAAACCAGGAUGUUCUGAUUCCUGAUUGCUUGCAUGGCCUCCUUUCCCCUCUGCCCUGUUCUCCGGGAAAUAAUCAUCAUCUUUAAUUGCACUUGGAACCACCCAGUGGGCCUAGCAUCCCCCCUAUUCUAAUGAGAACUGUCUCUCCAG